CUCAGAGCAACAUGGCGCCGAUCGGUCGUAGAAUCAGCCGUGUCUGUGUUACGUUGACCAAGUACUAGUUAUCUCCAUCAGUCCUGAUCCACCAGAGUCCUUGGACGUCUGGAUAAAUCUCUGACGGGAUCUUUCAGUUUUUCCGGAUGUUUGUCCUCCAAACAGUCAAAUCAUCGCCCGGUAAACAGACCGAAGUGUGCAACACAGAGCUAGUCCGAGUUUAACGGAGAAAGUGUUUUUAACGGAGUUUAUCUGGAGGAAACGUAUCUGUGAUUCAGUUAAGAUGUCUAAAGUCCACGUGCUGAUGUAUUUAUUUAAGCAACGACUUACUGAGGACGCUGAUAAGAUACUUGGGCUGCUUGAAAGAACGAUAGCAGAGUACGAGGAGGAAGCUUCUAGAUUAAAAGAGGACAACGAGCGACUGAAGAAACAUCUGCACGCUGCUUUUAACCCUGAAGUCCGCAUCCAAAGAGCAGAGCAGCUGUUUGUACUUAAAGAAGAGCAGCAGGAGGACCAAGAGUCCCCCCACAUUAAAGAGGAAAAGGAGGACCCAGAGCCCUUCGGCAUUAAAGAGGAUCAGCUUCAAGGGCUGGAGGAGGCAGGCAUGACUUUCUCAUUUGAUCCUGUGGAGAAUAAAGAUGAUAAAGAUGAAGUUCAGAUCCCACAGAUUCAUCAGAGAGAGGUUGGGGAUUUCUCUGAACCUGAGACAGAGGACAGUUUUGAUUGGAAUGAGACCAGAGAACAUCACUCCGGUUCGAACUCUCAUAAUAAUGAUGAAUCUUUGAUCUGUUCUAAAUGUAAGAAAACAUUUGGUUCCAUUAAAACGCUGAAGAGACACAUGGUGAACCACUCAUCAGAGAAACCCUUCAGCUGCUCACAAUGUGGUAAAUGUUUCACUCAAAGUUGCACACUGAAAAGACACUUGAGAUGUCACACAGGGGAGAAACCUUUCAGCUGCUCAGAGUGUGAAAGAUGUUUCAGUGAUAGUGGAACGCUGAAGAGACACAUGAGAUGUCACACAGGUGAGAAACCUUUCAGGUGCUCAGAGUGUAGUAGAUGUUUUAGUGCUUGUGGAGAUCUGAAGUCUCACAUUAGAUGUCACACAGGCGAGAAACCUUUCAGCUGCUCACAGUGUGGUAAAUUUUUCACUCAGAGUGGAACGCUCAAGAUACACGUGAGAUGUCACACAGGGGAGAAACCUUUUAGCUGCUCAGAGUGUGGUAAAUGUUUCACUGUAAAUGGAAGUCUAAAGACACACAUGAGAUGUCACACAGGGGAAAAACCUUUCAGCUGCUCACAGUGUGGUAAAUGUUUCACUGUAAGCAGAAGUCUGAAGAGACACAUGCUGUAUCACACAGGGGAGAAACCUUUUAGCUGCUCAGUGUGGUAAAUGUUUCGCUGUAAAAGGACAUCUGAAGCCACACAUGAGAUGUCACACAGGAGAAAAACCUGUGCUCACAUUACAUGUUAUUUAGCUGACGCUUUUAUCUAAAACAACUUACAUUGCAUUAUAACCCGUGCAUUACAUUUUUGCCUGGGGAGCAAUUAGGGGUUAGGUGUCUUGUUCAGGGACACUUCGACAUGGCACAUGGGGCAGCCGGGAUUUGAACCACCAACCUUGCAGCCCCCAGCGCACUGCACUACUCUAUUCGCCACCUUCGCCCUACACAGUGUAGUAAAUGUUUUACUGCAUUUGGAAGUCUGCAGAGACACAUGCUGUAUCACACAGGGGAAAGACCUUUCAGCUGCUCACAUUGUGGUAAAUGUCUCGCUGUAAGCAGAAGUCUGAAGACACACAUGAGAUUUUACGCAGUGAAAAAAACUAAUUUGCUCAAAAUGUGAUAAAGGUUUCACUCAAGCAGCUCUCCAGUUUGGUUUCUGAAGUGGAAACAGCAUGACGUUGGGCCCUACUAUAUCUAGCUAAUGCAGCUCAACCUCCUCCAUUGGCUCUUGUUGCUUGUCUCUAAAGCCCCUUUGUCACGCAGCAAAUGUCCCGGAAACCAGAACCAUCUAUCUUGAUUGCCUGUUCAGGCUUCAGUAAGGGGCCUCUGUUCGUUUUUUUCAGACCAGCUGCCACAACAUGAGUUUACAUCUUUGUCGUUCCCCCUGAGGUUUCUUUUUUUCCUCCUUUUUCCGUGGGGGAAUAUUUUUAUCUGCCGAUGUGAGGGUUUUGGGACAGAGGAUGUUGCAUGAUUACAUACCGUGAAGCCCUCUGAGGCUAGUAUGUGAUUUUGGACUUUAUUAAUGAAAUUAAUUGAAGUCUCUUUAGGCAGAUGUUUCGUAAAUUCAUAUUCUGAGAACACAACUCCAAAGAUAAUGCCUACUUUAAAAUUGUAAUGUUACCCAGCCUUUUAUUGACUUUUUAACUUGGUGACCGUCUCAAUUCUGUUGUUUUGCAUGUUACUUUGCUUUCACUUUGUUUUCCCUUUUUUUCAGGAAAUAUGUUGUUGGGAUUUAGAUUAGAUGUUUUCCUGGUUAUUUUGAUACUCAUUGUCUGUUCAUCUUCAUUUUGAGCUGAGUACAUAUUUGAUUGUCAAAAUAAUGUAUCUGUGUAUUAAGAAACAACAAGAAUGAAAUCCUACUGUCAUUUCACAUUGCUGAGCGAGAAGAGGUCCUGCAAAUGAUAUGAAGCCAAUACUUUUUAAUUUUUUUGCAUAAGUGAAUAAAUGUUGAAAAAAGAGGCAGGUUUGUCCAAUAAAUUGUACUGACCAAAUCAGAGAAAAUUAAUGUAAUAGUGAGGGGAGCGGAGAAUUUGUUUUGACUUAAAAGGGGCAACCUGGGAACAUAUUAAUAAAACACUCAAAGAAGACAAGAAGCCAGGAGGCUCAUUGGAUUGGAAGGUAUGAAUGUACUACAGUGGAACGCAAGAGGCUUAUCAAAAGAAUUUAAUGGAUUUACAUAAAAACAUAAAAAACAAAUUUUGUGUUCAGGAAAUGUGGCUUAAACCAGUUUGUUUUUGAAGGAUAUGAUAGUAUUCACAAGGAUAAAGUGCAGGAGGAACGAUCACAAUUGCUAACUGUAACGUGGUUGAUCCUUUGGGGGUCCCGAUAUGAGGAUGUACACAACUAGGUUGGUACGUAACAACUUUAUUUUUCACACACAUUUGUGACUCAAAUGGAAGAGAAAAUUGUAGAAAUGACCGUGACCACCACUACCACAGGAGGUGUGGUUAUCAUCCCGUAGAAAUAGUUAGUAAACGACCACAGACCCACAAAUGACCAAAACAGAUAAGAGUACAUGUAUUUGAAAGGGUCUUUAAAUAUCAACGAUAGCAACCAAUUUAAACAAUUCAGCUUCCUGGAAUGUAAUAAAAUAAAGGGUUUAAAUGAGCAAGUUCAGACUUAUUGGUGGCUAGGCUGUAGCGGACCAAGGAGGGGAGUGGGGGGGAAACAGACUCUGGGACAGGACCCUCACUGGCUGAUCAGUGAUCUAGUGAAAAGUAAUUAACUCAACAAAACCAAAAUAAACACAAAACGGGAACAAUAAUAUAACAAAGCAAAACAGCAGUUUUCCUAAUUUCCCAGCUGAACUUUGUGUUCUCUCUCCACCUGGUUUGGGCCUCCCUGGGGCACUGGUGUCACCAAUGGCCAACUCCUUAUUUAUAAAACAUGGAGAACACUUAAAACAUAAAUUAAUCUUCAGUCCAACGGUUUCCAGCAAAAGCACUGUGGAUACUACCUGAUGCAACGGUAGAUUUUGCAUUGCUAAAAAAAGAAGAGCAAGGACAGAGGGGGUAUGUUUAAUUUGCAUACAAAACAGACCCACAUUGACAGUUACCACAGUUAUGUCCUGUAUUUUACUGACGCAUCAUAUACUUUAGUAAACAAGGUAGAAAUGGCAGUAAUUAUGUCGGCAAUUCAUUUAAAAAAAGGCAAAAUACAUUGGCAGCUGGGGGAUUUUUUUUGGAAGGUGCAGCCAGCCCCUUCUGCUACAUCAGCAAUCUCUCCAUUCAGCUCACUUCUCCCUCAUGCACACUCUUGAGUUUUUUGAUAACCUAUGCCUCAAUCGACACAGACAAGCUCCCGAGGGUAAGGUCCCCGACAGGAGGGCUUCUGCAGCCGCCAUACCCCAGGUAGAAUGGGCCCGGACAGCCGAGGUGCGAAAUACGGAUGCCCUGGAGACGCAAUGGCGCCAGAGCUGCAUCCACGCAUUUGGUGAACGUACGGGGCGAGAGGGCUAGGCCGGAAGGAAGGACCUUGUAUUGGUAAGCUUUAUCCCCAAAAGCGAACCUCAGGAACUUCCUGUGUCGAGGGAGGAUUGGAAUAUGAAAGUAAGCGUCCUGGAGAUCUACCGUGACAAACCAGUCCUCGGACCUGAUUUGUGCCGCGAUCUGUUUGAGAGUGAGCACCUUGAAGUUCAACUUCGCAACAGCG